AUGUCGGCUAACGGAGCGGUGUGGGUCCGCAUGCGAAGCUGCCUCCGCGCCUUCCCCGAGCGGCUGGCCGCCUGCGGGGCCGAUAAGGACUUCGGCGCGCGGGAGUUCGAGGCCCUGCGGAGCUGCUUCGCCGGCGGCCAAGAAGACGCUGGAGGGAGGCUGUUAGGAGGGACUCUGAGCUUCACACCUGUCUGCUGCUGUGGUUGCAGAGCCCUAGUCCUGAUGGCCCCUGGUGGCAUACAUUGAAUGCCUAGGGCAGAAAGGAAGUGGGAAUGGCGAAGAUGUGACGUGCCUCGGUGUUAGAUACUGUUUCUUCUUAACAAGUUGAGGCGUGGGUAGAGCA